CCAUGUUCAGCAUCAUCCCACCUCAGUCUGCGUCUAUCCGUCACCGCUGCCGACAUGAAUUCGCAGAAAAAGCAAACGUUCAAGCACCUAUUCACCGACUUCACCGAGCGGGUAGACGACCUUACUUUUCACUGAAAAGGGCUCUUUCCCUGAUCAUUUCACUUUCUACUCCUGCUUUGAGGAUCUUGGGAGCAUCCCAUCUCGUCGAAAGUGAGCGACCAUGUUUCGAAGAUAUGCUCUCGGUUUCUCAUCCGUGGGACGACAGAUGUCGACCAUGCAGUCCAACAGCACCACACCCUUGGAGGACGCCAUCAGAGCAAAGAUCACGGCAGCUUUCACGCCUUCUACGCUGGAGAUAUUUAACGACAGCCAUCUGCACUCUCACCACAAGGCCAUGCAAGGCGUGACCUCCAAGGAGACUCACUUCAGACUCGUCAUUACGUCUGAUGUGUUCAAGGCAAAGCGCUCGCCUGCCCGGCACAGGAUGGUCUAUGCCCUUCUACGUGAUGAGAUGGCGCAAGAAGGUGGCAUCCACGCGCUCCAGCUGCGUACCUUGACACCCGAGGAGGAGGAGAAAGAGAAGGCUAAGAAGGCCGAGGCCGAGGGCGCCACCCAAGCAGCCUCGGAGCCUAUUGCUGAGUAACGAGUUGGUGCCCAACUUGUCACGCAAUUGGAGACGACUCAAAAACAUCUCUGCAAAGAGACGCAAAAAGCAUCCGAGCGUCUUACGAGGACGCGGACUUGCUGAAUACGCAUGGCUAGAGAAACCGCCCACGCAUGAAUAAUGAUGAUUACAUG